AGAGAAGCGCGACUUUCUCGGGGGGCCGGCCAUCUUGUGCGGGCAGGCAGCGAGGGUGGGCCGGGGCCUGGGCAGCAUCCGCGGAGGAUCCCGCCGAGAGGGGCCCAUCAUGCCCGGACACCUGCAGGAAGGCUUCGGGUGCGUCGUCACCAACCGCUUUGACCAGCUCUUGGACGACGAAUCCGAUCCCUUCGAGGUGAUCCAGGCGGCCGAGAGCCGCAAGAAAGAGAGCGGAGGCGGAGGAGGCGGCGGCGGCGGAGGAGGGCACCAAGGAGGCCGCGGAGGAGGAGGCCAAGCGGGCCAAGGCAACGCUUCCUCGGGCGGAGGAGGAGGCGGCGGCCAAGCGGUCCAGUCUGGCGGUAGCGGAGGGGGCAGCGGCAGCGCGGCCAAGCAGCUGCGCAGGGAGUCGCAGAAGGAGCGCAAGAACCCUCUGCCGCCUUUCGGCUCGUCUUCGUCGGGGCCUGGAGGCGCCUCAGAUCGGAGGGAAGAUGGAGGCGGUGGAGGAGGAGGAGGUGGGCAGCCUGGCUCGGCGCCCCUCAGGAAGGAAGGAAUAAGGCGAAUUGGCAGAAGGCCUGAUCAGCAGCAGCCUCAGGGGGAAGGCAAGCCUAUUGAAAGGAGGCAGGAGAGGCGGCCUCCUCGUGAGCGACGAUUUGACAAACCUGCUGAAGAAAAGGGUGAAGGAGGAGAAUUUUCCGUUGAUAAGCCAAUUAUUGAUCGUCCUAUGCGUGGUCGUGGUGGCCCAGGUGGAAGGGGCAGCCGCGGUGGCCGAGGACGGGGAAUGGGUAGAGGAGAUGGCUUUGACUCCCGAGGCAAACGUGAAUUUGAUAGACAUAGUGGAAGUGACAGAUCUUCUCUUUCACAUUUCAGUGGUCUGAAGCAUGAGGAUAAGCGCGGUGGAAGUGGAUCACACAACUGGGGAACGGUCAAAGAUGAGCUAACUGACUUGGAUCAAUCUAAUGCAACAGAAGAAACUCCAGAGGGAGAGGAACACCCACCUGCUGACUCAGAGAAUAAAGAGAAUGAAGUAGAAGAAGUGAAGGAGGAGGGGCCCAAGGAAAUGACUCUGGAUGAAUGGAAAGCUAUUCAAAACAAGGAUCGCGCAAAAGUUGAAUUCAACAUCCGCAAACCAAAUGAAGGUGCUGAUGGACAAUGGAAAAAAGGUUUUGUUCUCCAUAAGUCAAAGAGUGAGGAGACAAAGGGGAUGACAGAGGUGCAAGGGAGUCAGCUGGAAUCCAAUGAGUCUCAUGCUGAAGAUUCUGUAAUGGAUCAUCAUUUCCGUAAGCCUGCAAAUGACAUCACAUCCCAGCUGGAGAUCAAUUUUGGGGAUCUUGGCCGUCCUGGGCGUGGGGGUCGAGGCGGAAGAGGAGGCCGUGGGCGUGGGGGAAGGGCUAACCGUGGAAGCAGAACUGAUAAGUUGGUUAAGGAGUUUGAUGUCAUCCACACACCUAGCCAGUCCAGUGCUUCUGCUCCUGACGUUGAUGAUCCGGAAGCUUUCCCAGCUUUGUCCUAAACUGGAUGCCCUAAGCCAACCCUGCCCCUUGUUGGGCCCUUCUUUUCAAGGCUUGCAUGCUUAAGGAUCCUAAAAACAACUUAAGAAUUUUAAAAGGGGACUCUCAUUCAUACCAUUCACACCUGAAGACUGAAUUUUACCUGUUUUGAAAAUGAACUUCUCUUGCUACACAGAAGCAACAAUAUGGUAGUCAGUUUUGUAUUUAGAAAUGUAAUGGUAGCAGGGAUGUUUUCAUAAUUUUUUUUCCGGAAAUUAUGCAUUCUUCAUGGAUACUUUUUUGUAUUGCUGCUUGAAAAUAUGCGUUUCCAAACUUGAAAUAUAGGUGUGAACAGUGUGUACCAGUUAAAGCUUUCACUUCAUUUGUUUUUAUUUUUUAAGUUAGGAUUUUAGAUGUGUUUUCCCUAAAUUACAGACAAUUUUAAUUCCGGCACACUUUUUUCUUUUAAUACUUCUUAGCAGGUUAUUUUCAGUCCACGGUCAGCUGGGAUAUGUACAAAAAUUGUUAGUACUGUGUGGAAUACUAACAUCUGGAAUAUUUUGAGUUUUUUAAUACUUAAAUUCAAACUUGGAAAAAUCCAUUUUCUUCUAUCUUUGAUAGUUUGUGUAUUCAAAAAUCUUUAUACAAAAUUGAUAUCAGAUACUUGAAAAAAUACUCAAAGCACAUUGGUUUAUAUUCACAAUACCUGCUUAUGAAUCUAGCAGCUCUGUUUGGAUAAUUGGUCUAAGUCUUUUUUUAAAUAUUGUGUUACGCCUCCCAUAUCCACCCUUUUAAUCCUACCCUCUUUUUCUUCAAAAAAGCUAGUUGUCUGUUGGUAAAACUUCAUUUAACCUUGUUAAUAUUGUUGCUACCAAAAAUACUCUGUAGACUGGAGCAACUUUUUUUUCAAGACAUGGGAGGUUGAGAAGAGAGUGGCAUCUUAUUUCUUAAUACAGUUGGUUUAAAGUACAUUUGAUAUUUGUCUGGCAGUGCGGUAUAUAUACAUAUAAAUGCACCUACAUUGCGUGCAUUCCAACACUGUUGUAAUAUCUUGCAACCGUGAUUCUAAAGAAGAAACCAAAGGGCACUGUGUACUAUUUUGGAGGAGGAGGAUUGGCUCAUUCAAGGCAGAGAGCAAAGUCCAUCAAAAUGGGACAGCUGUGGUCUCCGUGGGACAUAACCAAAACCUCAUCACCUAAUUGAAAUGUGGAUUUUGCUCUGAUGCUUCGGCUUCUGGUCUCUUCUGGAUGACAAAUGAAUGUUUCGUUUUCAUGGGGUGAUUGUAAAGCGUUCUCCUUUCCACUGUAGAAUAGUUUAACUUAAUCCUGUGAACAGGAAUGUUACCACUUUCAAAACACAAAAGGACUUGAGAAGAGCAAACAAUAAAACAGGACUACUUAGGGGAUUUUUGUUUGUUUGCAACAUUUUUUAGGAGGCUAGAACAGAAAUAUCCAUAUAUUUGAGGUGUUUACAUGUUGAGCAGCUUGUAGCAUUUGUAGGUUUCUUAAUGGGGUAGAAAGCUAAUGAUGAUACCCCUUUUUAAAAAGAUGUAUUGGGUGGACAAAAGUAUUGGACGACUCAACAGUAACUGCUUGUUUGCGGUGUUUAGCUGGAUCAUAUUGUCAGAAUUCUAAUGAACAUUUGUUUACAUAAGCAAAGGUUAAUGUAUUGGAUUGGACUCUUGAGGCAUUAAUCUUUUCAACAUUGUAGUCAAGAGGAAAGAAGUAAAUUUUAGGUGUAUCAUAGCUUUUGCCCUCGGGGGUUAAAGCUAAGCACUCUUUUUCAAAGUUUCUUGGUGCUUAGUCUCGAGGUCUCAAAUUUUAGAGGUAAUUUCCGUAGGUCAACAGGUGCAUAUAUUCUCAGUAAUACUUGGGUUCCUGCUCCUACACAACCCAUGCCACAGGGAUAUGUUAGAAGAGAAUUUGUUGUUAUCUGUACAUAAUAUUUCACUUACAACAGCUGUACAAAAUAUUUCAGUCCCCAAAGACAUACUAAAUAGGAUUUUUAAAAAUU